GCAUCUGCUUGUCUAAAUCAGGAAAUUGAACUUCCUGUCAACAGACACACACACAGACGCACACACAGCGCAAACCCAGAAGUAAAAGAAAAAUGCCUGGUUUACAGGGACAAGUGAUCGAGAGGACUUUCACUCUUCAGCUGUAAAGGAGUAACCAUGGAUCUCAGUGAGGAGGAGUCAGCUCCUCUGGUGAACAGAGACCGCGGAGGCAGCCACAAGUCCAGUACGAGCACUGGGCCCAGUUUACACGUGCACCUCUACUUCUUCCCUGCAACAAAGGAGGCAACAACAAUACACAUUUCCUCUGACCAAGUCUCUGCUGAGCAUGUCUGCAUCCAAGCAGGAAAGAAAUGUGGAAUCCUACCAGUGUACCUGGGUCUUUUUGGGUUGGCGUCAUCUGACUUCUCAUUUUGGUAUCCUCCAUCGCACAUGUUCAACACAGAUGAAAAGCUGCAGGUCCACUUCAGAGUCAGAUUUUUCUUUGGAAACUGGUUUGGUAAAGGACCAAGAAAAUCGUACCGCUACGAUCUGAGCAGAGACAGCUGCACUCCGGUGCUCGACUGCAGUGUCAUUGACUAUCUCUUCGCUCAGUUGCGAAGUGACUUCAUUGCCAGUGAGGCAGGGGUUUCUCCUCCUCUGAGCACUCAGGAGGAAUGUCUCGGCCUUGCAGUAUUGGACCUAUGGAGAAUGGUUAAAGAGCGCCACCAGACUGUUAGAGAACUCUGCAAAACAGUCAGCUACAAAUCCUGCCUACCAAAGUCACAUCGCCAUGACAUCCAGAGACGAAACCGCCUGGAUCGUUAUCGAAUCCGAAACACCCUCAAGUGUUUCUUAAGGAAGCUUGGAAACUGCUCUGUGGACGCGUGCAGCUUGAAAGUCAAGUACCUGAUUGAACUGGCUGGCAUCGAGCCCUCUCUUGGGAGCGAAACCUUCAAAGUGGGUCCUGCCGCCUCCCAGGAAAAGCCAGCUUUCAGUCUGGUGCGGGUGACUGGGGAAAGUGGAAUUCAAACCAGUGGAAGUUGCCAUCCUGAUAGUUCACUGGAGUGGCUGACCUUCUGUGAUUUCCAAGAAAUCAUUGACAUCAGUAUAAAGAGGGUGUGUCAGGAGCAGCUUCCCCAAGACAGUAGGAUGGUGACAAUAACCCGCAAAGAUGAGAGUCACUUGGAAGUCAAGUUCCAGGGUCUAAGGGAAGCACUUUCGUUUGCGUCACUUGUCGAUGGCUACUUCAGACUGACCACGGACUCUAGCCACUACUUCUGCCAGGACAUUGCUCCCCCAAGUAUUCUGGAGGGUGUGAAAAACCAUUGCCAUGGCCCAAUCACAUCUGAGUUCGCAGUCAACAAAUUGAAGAAAUCUGGAUUUAAAGGAGGUACAUUCCUGGUCCGGCAGAGUCCGAAGAACUAUGACAGCUUCUUCCUCACUGUGUGUGUUCAGACCCCACUUGGACUCGACUAUAAAGACUGUCUCAUCAUUAAGAAUGUGCAAUUCAGUCUUCCUGGUGUCCAGAAAUCAUUUGGCAGCUUAAGAGAGAUCACCAGUCAUUACCAACACACCAAGCUGCUGCUGGCUGAAGUUCCUGUCAAGUUGGGCCGCUGCUGUCCACCCAGACCCAAAGAGCUCACAAAUCUCAUCAUCAUACGCAGCAGCAACUCUGUGGAAACUCAAGGCUCCCCGUCACCUGAGAGGAACAAAUUCAAUCACAUCCAGUUCCACAUAAUCAAAUACGAAGACCUAAAAUGCGAGGUAAGCCUGGGACAGGGAUCCUUCACGCGGAUUUUUAAAGGCCACAAAACAGACAUUCACGAGGGGGAAAAGCAUGUGACAGAAGUCCUACUGAAAGAGCUUGAUGGCGCUGACAAGAACAGCUGGGAGUCAUUCUUUGAAGCUGCCAGCUUGAUGAGUCAGAUUUCACACAAACACAUCCUCCACGUUUAUGGCAUCAGUGUUCAUGGAGUAAAAAACAUCAUGGUGCAGGAGUUUGUCAAGCACGGGGCCCUUGACCUUUACUUGAAGAGAGGGAGAUCUGUGUCAGUGAGCUGGAAACUCGACGUGGCCAAACAGCUCGCAUCUGCCCUCAACUUUCUGGAAGAGAAAAACAUUGUUCAUGGAAACAUAUGUGCUAAAAACCUGCUGCUGGCCAGAGAGGGCGACCCGUCACAGGGCUCCUCCCCUUUCAUCAAGCUGAGUGACCCGGGCAUCAUGCUGGGCAAAGAUGUUAUCCUGGACCGGAUCCCAUGGGUGGCCCCUGAGGUGCUGGAGAGCCCAGACAACCUGACGCAGGAGUGUGAUAAGUGGAGCUUUGGUGCCACUGUGUGGGAAAUCUUCAACAAUGGGACCGCUCCCCUGCGAGGCUGGGACCUGGAACAGAAGCGUCAGUUUUAUGAUGGGUUCCAGCAGCUGCCACCUUCCCAGUGGACGGAGCUGGCGGAUCUGAUCAGUCAGUGCAUGUCUUACCAGGCGGACUACAGACCUUCCUGUCGCAGUAUUAUCCGUCAACUCAACAGUCUGAUCACUUCAGAUUAUGUGAUUUUGCGCGCCACUGAGCCUGUCACACAGAGCCCACUGCGGAGAGCCCUCAGCACUCAACAUGACCAGACCCUGUUUGAGGAAAGACACCUACGCUACAUCACCCCUCUGGGAAAGGGAAACUUCGGCAGUGUUGAGCUCUGUCGUUACGACCCGCUGGGUGACAACACGGGCGAGCUGGUCGCUGUGAAAAAGCUGCAGCCCAACCAGCAGUCGACUCAGGAGGACUUCCAGAAGGAAGUCAAAACCCUCAGCGUGCUGCACUGCGACUACAUCGUCAAAUACAGAGGAGUCUGCUACAGUAUGGGUCGCCUCAGUAUGAGCUUGGUGAUGGAGUACCUGCCGUACGGCAGCCUUAUUGGCUACUUGGAGAAUAACCAACAUAAAGUCAAUACUAGGCGGAAGCUGCUCUUUGCUUCGCAGAUAUGUAAGGGGAUGGAGUACCUGCAGACGCUGCGUUACGUUCACAGAGACCUUGCAGCCAGAAAUAUCCUCGUGGCCAGUGAGACGCUGGUGAAAAUCGCUGAUUUUGGGCUGACCAAGAUUAUUCCUUCUGACAAGGAGUACUAUCGCGUCAAACAGCUUGGCGAGAGCCCCAUCUUCUGGUACGCUCCAGAGUCCAUCAAUGAGUCCAAAUUCUCACACAAAUCAGACGUCUGGAGUUUUGGAGUCGUUCUUCACGAGCUUUUCUACAACUGCAACAUGAACUGCAACCCGAAAAGACUGUACAUGCAGGAGAUCGGACACAACGUGCAAGGUCCAUCCAUUUCAAUGCAUGUGGAGAAUAUUCUAAAGAGUGACUGGAGGUUACCGGCUCCUCCCCACUGCCCACCCAAGGUGUACAGUUUGAUGAAGGAGUGCUGGGCGUACAACUUCGACGAGCGGCCAUGUUUCUACAGCCUGGGAAACCAGAUUGAAAUCAUCAUGCAGGAUGACAGAGAGAACCCUAAAGGCUGAGAAGGAGCCGCUUCGCACCUCACAGCAAUGCUCAGUAUCAAAUGACAAAGUGUCCUUCAUUGCUGUGGAAAUUCAUUUUUUUUAAUGCAACAUUUCCUGGUCCGAUAACAAACAAGCUGCUGAGGAAAAAGCAUCAUGAAUUCCAAACUGUUGCAUAGUAGGUACCGAGACAUUAACAUUUCUAUUGCGUGUUUCUUAGUUUUGGAGGAGUCGUUUGUUAUGGUCUGUUGUUGAGAUGCUGAGCAAGGCAAAGCUUUGACCAGUCACUGCUCGGCCUCUUGACCGACACAUCAGCAAAGUAAAAGUUACAACUUAUUAUGCUACAUUUCAUUAUAUUUUCUUACAAUUGAGUUAAUAAAAAUAUCCCCGCAAUGCCAGAUGCAGAUUUCUUCAUCAGACUCACAACUAAUUUUGAACAACGAAUGAUAUUUACCUGGAUCUCUCACAUCGGGAUUGUGCCAAUAUAAAAUGUGACACAUAGGGUCACAGUGGCAAACAUUUGUAUGAAAGACAAGAUGUAUGACUUUCUUAUUCAGCUGUGGCCAAAGGUUUCGUUCUUACCCAAGUGAAGAACAUUUCAUAUUAUUUUAGCAGUGUCUCUAAAGGCUGUAGUUCAGGUAAGGUUCAUACAUCAUAUAGCUAGAGGGAAAUCUAGAGAGACCAUCUCAAAUAAUAAUUACACCAAGUUUGGUGAAAAUCUGUCCUACACUGGGUCACAGUUCUAUCAACCAGCUGUAGAAAAGACAAAAUGAUUUAUGUGAAUUAAAAUCUCUUUUGAUAAAAAUUUUAAGAAUUGUGAUCGGAAAUUCUAGACAGUCUCACAUCUGCCGUUGGAGCAUCAGGGAUGUACAUAUAUAAUAAAUUAUGAAAUCAACAAACUGUCAUUUACCCAGCGAUCUUAACAUUAACAUUGUCUCUCCUAAUAUUGCUCCAGGUGCAUAUUCCACAAAUUUGGCAGUGAAAUCACAACAAAAUUUCAAAAUUUGCCUUUCUCCCAUGGCUGCUGUGGAAUUUCUAUCAAUCCAAAAAAGAAAUGCUUGUCCUCCGCAUUUGUCAGGGACAUCCAGCAGCAUGGGGAAAUGUCGACAGUGUUUAUGGUAGAGAAAGUCUUGAAUAUGAAGACGAAGAGAGCUGAAGUUGUCCACUUUGGCAGGGGAAGUGUUCGGUUGGCAUUUUGGCCAGGAGUAUACAUACUGGUUGUUUGUGGCUGGUUUUCUUACUUCGUUGUCCUCCUCUCUCACCUUUUUGUCGAUGUUGAUGGUGACUCGAUAGUUAAAAUCUUUACAGAGUUGAAGGAACAAUAGACCAAGAGAUACUGCCAGCACUAAUGUUCUUACUCUGAUAUUUGUCCUCCUUGAGACUCUGCAGUAACAAAACAAAAGGGUUCUUAUUAAAAGAUCCCAGUCAACACUGUUUAUGUCAGCUAGAAUAGUCUGUGAUGAACAAAUAAAAUGUCAUAAUAAAGGUUUGUUUCUUCACAAGAA